GCAUCAUGUUUCGUAAGAAGAAGAAGAAACGCCCGGAGAUCUCGGCCCCGCAGAACUUUGAGCACCGUGUCCACACCUCAUUUGACCCAAAGGAGGGCAAAUUUGUGGGCCUGCCACCUCAAUGGCAGAAUAUUCUGGACACACUGAGGCGCCCCAAGCCAGUGGUAGAUCCUUCAAGGAUCACAAGGAUGCAGCUCCAGCCUAUGAAGACCGUGGUGAGGGGCAGCACCGUGGAAGUGGAAGGCUACAUCUCUGGUUUGCUCAAUGACAUCCAGAAGCUUUCUGCCAUCAGCUCGAACACUCUGAGGGGCAGGAGCCCCACCAGCAGGAGGAGAGCCCAGUCCCUUGGGCUCCUGGGAGACGAGAGGCCCCCAGACAUGUACCUUCAGAGUCCUGAAGGAGACUGGGCAGACAAGUAUGGGAACUACCUCAACUGCAACGGUGGGUCCAAGGUGGCCCGGAGGCAGACCAUGUGGCCGGAUUACAAAUCCCGCCUGGAAGGGCAGUCUCAUCCCAACGGGAUGGUGACAAAAGCCCAGUCCCUGGGGCCGUCAGAGUUCCAGGGUGCCGAUGGCAGCUGUCUGCAGCGUACCUCUGGGCUGCAGCACGUGCCUGCUGUGCCGGGGGACAGCGAGAUGCCAGUGAAGAGCCCAGAGGAGGGCUGGCUUCAGCGACAGCCCAAUGCCAGGCCCUCAGGUGAGGGCAGCCCCAACUCCAAAUCACGGGAGAACAGCCUGAAGAGGAGGCUCCUGCGCAGCGUGUUCCCAUCGUCCAACACCUCAAACAAGCCAGGCCCUCCCCUGCAGAUCAAGCCUAAUGCUUUCUUCAAGCCCCAGCAGUGGGGUUCCCCCCACAGCCCUGCAGCCAAAGCCCAGUCUCUCCCCCCAGACCAACCUGCCUCUGAGUUCCCCAGGAUGAUCUCUGAAGCUGGGACUCCCCAGAAGUCCCCAACAGCAGAGAAAGCUGUGGCAGUGCCACCAGGCCGGCCCUCCCCGGCGGGGUCCCCCAGGAACCGGCAGACCCAGACCAGUUCCAGCAACCUCCACCUGCCCCAGGACUCUGCUGGGAAGGGGCAGCCAGCCAGCGAGGACCCUGUGGUUGUGACUCAUGAGCAGUUCAAAGCUGCCCUCAGGAUGGUUGUGGACCAAGGAGAUCCCAGGACAUUGCUGGAGAAUUACAUCAAGAUUGGGGAAGGCUCCACAGGAAUUGUGUGCAUUGCCCGGGAAAAGCACUCGGGGCGCCAGGUGGCCGUGAAAAUGAUGGAUCUGAGGAAGCAGCAGCGCCGGGAGCUUCUCUUCAAUGAGGUGGUGAUAAUGAGGGACUAUCAACACAUCAAUGUCGUGGAGAUGUACAAGAGCUACCUUGUGGGAGAGGAACUCUGGGUGCUGAUGGAGUUCCUGCAGGGAGGAGCCCUCACAGACAUCGUGUCUCAGAUCAGGCUGAAUGAGGAGCAGAUUGCCACAGUGUGUGAGUCGGUGCUGCAGGCUCUGUCCUAUCUCCACUCUCAGGGGGUCAUUCACCGAGACAUCAAGAGCGACUCCAUUCUUCUGACCUUGGAUGGCAGGGUCAAACUCUCUGAUUUUGGCUUCUGUGCUCAGAUCAGUAAAGAUGUACCUAAAAGAAAAUCCCUGGUAGGUACUCCUUAUUGGAUGGCUCCAGAAGUCAUUGCAAGGAUACCAUACACCACCGAGGUGGAUAUCUGGUCCCUGGGGAUCAUGGUGAUAGAGAUGGUAGAUGGAGAACCCCCCUACUUCAGUGAUUCUCCAGUCCAGGCAAUGAAGAGACUCCGUGACAGCCCUCCUCCCAAACUGAAAAACUUCCACAGGACCUCCCCAGUUCUGAGAGAUUUCUUGGAAAGGAUGUUGACACGGGAUCCACUGAAAAGAGCAACGGCACAAGAACUUCUGGAUCACCCCUUUUUGCUCCAGACAGGACUUCCAGAGUGCUUGGUGCCCCUUAUCCAGCAGUACAGGAAACGCACCUCCACCUGCUGA